AACAACAGCUGAUCGAUUCAAAACAAAGAUGGCGGCUCACCUCCGACGAUUCUGUCAGAGCGUCACACUUUUCAGCAGAUAUUCACAUUCUACGAGGGGUUUAAGGACAAGUGCUUACAAGACAUACAACCCGAAGAGUCCAAGGUUUUAUCUGUAUGGCACAGCGGUCGCAACGUCACUUUACUUCGGGUGGAAAUGGGUUGAGAAGAAUGCAAUGGUCGAGGCAGCUCGGCCGACCCGACGUGUGACAGACGACCAGACCCUCCGCGGGCUGAAGCUGAACCACCGCGAGCGGCGCUUCAUCAAGUUCUCCUCCGUCGAGUACCAGGGCCAGCUGUACAUGACGCCGCAGGACUUCAUCGAGUCCGUCACCGACUCCGAACCGAGACCCCGACUUAAGCGGAGAGUCCUGAUAGAGAGAGACCUUGAGCGAUUCAUGCAGGAGACACCCCUGCUCUCCAAGGGGUCCCCAGACAUGUUCCGAACCAUCUUUGACAAAGGUAUUAUAUCAUAUACGGAAUACCUCUUCCUGCUUUCAAUCCUGACAAAGCCACAGACGGGAUUCCGCAUUGCAUUCAACAUGUUCGACACCGACGGCAACGAGCGAGUUGACAAGGAGGAAUUCCUUGUGUUAAUGGAGAUGAUAACUGCUGGUGUUUAUCGAGCCUAUAACACUUGGAUUGCUGACACGAUCCACGGGAAGCCUACCCCAAAUCAGGAUGAGAAGCUUGCCGCCACAAAACAGGUUGUAAGUGAGCAGCUCGUGGGGAGGUCAGCCAACAGCGUUCGUGUGGGGCUUGAGAAGAUCUUCAGUACUGCUCGCAGAGACCGACUAAACCGAGCUUUGGAGGGAGCAGUUAAACAGACAGAAGGGGAGGACGGGGAGGUGGAGGAAGUGCUGGAGGAUGAGCUGCAGAAGAGUCAUGUUGUCGACACCACUUUGCUACUCCACUUCUUCGGCAAGAAAGGAAAGCAGGACCUCAAGUUCGAAGAAUUUAAGAUGUUUAUGGAAAACCUACAGACAGAAGUACUGGAGAUUGAGUUCAAUGAAUUUUCAAAGGGCCUGCCUGCCAUCACAGAACUAGACUUUGCCAAGAUUUUGUUGCGUUACACUUACUUACAGUCUGACCAGUAUGAGAUGUACCUGGAAAGAUUGCUAGAUCGCAUCCCAGAGGGUCGAGGCAUCACAUUCACCGAGUUCAAGUCUUUCUGCCAGUUCCUCAAUACACUAGAUGACUUUGCUAUUGCCAUGAGGAUGUACACACUUGCUGACCAGCCUAUUUCACAAGAGGAGUUUCAUCGGGCCGUGAAAAUCUGCACCGGAACAGAGCUCAGUCCACACAUUGUAGACACCGUGUUUAAGAUCUUCGAUGAUGAUGGAGACGGCCAACUGAGUUACAAGGAAUUCAUUGCUAUCAUGCGUGACAGGCUUCAUCGUGGCUUUAAGCAUACAUCCAGGAGUGAGGGCUGGGAUGCCUUUAAGCAGUGUGUCAAGAGUGAAAUGAAGGCUGUAGUGUGAAGCAACAACAGGUGCGGGAAGGCUGGGAAGGCUUCAAGGCUUGUUUGAAAGAAGAAAUAAGACAGGAUGUUCAACAGCCAAGCUUGACUUAAACACACAGACUUUGAUAGCAAAGAGAACUGUGCGUGCAAGAAGUUGAUGGUUUUUGUGCAUGAUUUGCAAUUGGACAUUCAUGCUUGUAUUUAUCAUGGUGAUAUAUAAGCAGUAUUGAUUUUGUAUAUACUUGAUUAAUAGAGGUCUGAGAUAAGUUUUUAAAAUAUCAUAAUUCUUGAUAGAGAAUUUGGUCAUUUUUUGAAGGAGAGUGAACUUGCAGGAAACACAGUUGCAGAACCUACUUUUUAUCAUUUAUGCAACAUUAUAUCCAAAAUGAUCAUGUCUGUCAAUGAAUUUCUCUAGAGAUCUCCUUAAGAUCAUCAGCACUUUCUGUAGUGCACCACAUUCGUGAAAAGUGUAAAAUGUGCAUUAACAAGCUAAUUUAUCACAAUAAAGACUUGUGGGCAGUGUUCCCCAAAUUAAGUUCCUUAUCUAUCUCCUAAGUUAGUCAGAUUACUUUACUCACUGUUAUUUAUUAAGAAGAAGUCAUAGUAUGUAAACUAUUUGAAACGUAAAAUAUUUCAGGCUAUGUUUUCUGUAGUUCUCACUUCCUCUGUCUUCCAUUGAAACUUCAUUAAUUUAUUUAUCUUCUUUUGAUCUUCCUCAGUAUCCUUUUCUCUGUACACUUAUUACUCCCUUGUUACUUCUGUUGCCCAUUGAAGUCUUAAAAGUCACACCAAUGUGUCAAAAUGAGUUAUUAUAUGUUUUGUUAUUGUGUUUUGUUAAAAAGUAUAUCUUUAGUUGCCAUAUAUUGUAGUAAUGACAGAAAAAUAGAUUGCUGUAUAUUAUGUUUGAAUUAUAUUUUAUGAACAUGUUAAUUAAUUUAUAUAAAACUCGAUGGAGAUAAUGCACAAAUGAUUUAGACAGAUAUAACAUUUGCAAAGGCAAAGGUUUUCAGUGCUUUUGUAAUUGAUGUUUUUCUAUUAAUUUUACCAUUUAUAAAUUUGUAAUUCUAAACAAUGUUGAUGGAACACUUCAUUGAAACCUUAACAUGUUUUGCCUAAUGGUAAAACAGUGGGUGUCCCUCAGCUAAUAUUUCAAUCGAAAUGAAAUACAUGAUUCAUGAACAUGUUUUGGUAGUUAUGAGAGACGGAUGAUUCAAAAUUAUAAAUAUGAAGUAAUUUGUAAUUAGACAAAAAAUAAAUCUUCCUUCUCAUUUGAUUUAUUUUCAAUCUUUGUCAUCUUCUUUUGAUUUUUGUAUGUGUAGAAUGUAUAGGGUGGUGACCCCCACUUUAUGAAGACAAGUAGUAGUAGUUCAUCAGAAUAGAUUACAUAAAAUGUUUGAAAAGCAGUGUAUAAUUUUGUAGCUGAUAAAAAGCCGCUUAGAAGAAGCAGAUGUUUGGCUGACAGCUUGAGUUCAUUGCUGGCCAUAUAGUUAAGUGAGGAAUGUAACAAGGAGAAAUUUAAUGGAUAUUUUCCAACUUGAUUUUAUAUUUGCAGUCCAAAAAUAAGAAAUGAGUGCUUCUUAGUUCAUACAACACAUUCCACACGAAGUGGAUACACACUAAUUCUUUUGUCAUUUACAGUCUAAAUAGAAUGAAGCUAGUUGUACUGUACAUAGUAAGUACUGUAUAUUUUAAAGGGGACUAUCUCCCUAGAAAUGGGCCAAAAAUGCCAGUUCAGGCAAUUUAGAGAUGUAUACACCUUUAUUAACUUCCAGCCUUGAAAAAUGUCCCCAUGUUUGCAAAGUCCCUACUAUAUUUGUGUAAAGGGAGUUUUGUCCAAAAUUAUGAUUUUUAUAAUUUUUUUUUGCAUCAUACUUAUCUGACUAAUUAAAUCAUUUAGAAUAUUAAUUUUUACAAAAUUGUAUAAAAGUAGAGCUCUUCAUGCACUUUUUAAUGCAUUUCUAUGGGUAUGCAAUUUGUUACAAAAAAAUGUCAUAAUUCUUGUCAUAUGAAGCUUAGAUUCGGAUAUUUGCAGCAUAUGUGGUAAUCAUUAGGCUCAUGUUACAUUCUUUUAAGUCAUUUUAGAUUAUUCCCUCACAAAUUUGACAUAUAAUUUUUUGUUUGUUUGUUUUUUUUUAUUUUAUAAUUAUAAUUAUUAUUUUUAUUUGAUUUGAUUUUGUUUUUCAGAAUUACUCAACUUUGCGAUUGAAAAAAAAAAAAAAUCUUGGCCCUCUUCAGUCAGUUACUACGAGAAAAUUGCUAAUAACUGAAUUUUAAUAUUUAAUAACCAGAAAAAGUAACAUAAUAUAAAUCCAGUUGGCAAGAUUGAAAAGGUAGCUUUAGUGAAUUAAAAAUGAACUGAAAAUCUAUCAGAAAGUAGAUAUGAUGCUCAUAGCUUGCCACGGCAUGAAAAAAUUACACGUCUUUCAUUAUGAACAGCAGCCAGCAUCAUCGAAGUAAGUAAUGGAAGCUCAUUACCAUAUAAAAAAAAAAAUGUAGUAUUACAGUGUCCAUAGCUAUAUAAAUUUUACUCUUACUUAGUAUGCCAAAGUUAGUAAAGUCAUGGACACCAUCGAGACAUAACCAUUUCAUAGCACAGGUUAUUCUUAACCCACUUUGCCUGUCCUUUUCUACACAAGGGAUGAUAGAUCCUAAAUCUGUCCUUUUUUCCAGUUUGUCUCUUAAUUCUUAUAGCUCUAGAGGUAAUUGGCAACUCUCUCAUAGCCAGUCCCCAAAAUAUCUCAUGUUUAGAAUUAACAUUUGUCCAUUAGAAAAUAAAGACAGAAGAUAUCGUUAAUACCUUUUGUGAAUUUAGCUGAAUCUACUUUUUUGCAGUCUAAUGAGUGACAAGCAGAACUAUAAAGGUCUGAUCUAGCUGAUGUUGUCAGGUAUAAAAUAUUUAUUUUGAUUUUAGGUAAUGAUGAGUAAGAAGGCACUGCUGUCAGCAAACCCCUCUGAUUAACAUCACAAUGCCAUUUGAUAUUUUUAGAAUUAUUAUGAUCCUGUUAGGUGGGCAUAUUUCUUGCUGCUGUGUUAUUGUUAUUGUUGACAGCAUAGUUUAAUUUAUUAUAGAUGUAAGAGAAUGUAUUUUGUACUGAAUAUGUACUUGUUGCAGAGUUUUUGCACUAUAUAUAAGGUUGGAAAUGAUUUUUAAUAAUCAGAUUGCCUGAUUUUAUUGUAUAUUUGUUAUCUGGAAUGUUUUUUUGUUGAUUAACAAAGUUUUUGAAACUGAGAAUAUGAAUAAAGGUCGACAAAGCAUAAUCUAUUUUUAAAAAUUUCAUUUACAUCAAUAAAUAUGUUCAUACAUAUUGUGGCUAGGAUAUUUACUGUAAAUCUAGUAGUCAAGUAUUUUGAAAGAUUAUAAAUGAUAAGGUUCCUACAUUGUAAAGUGAGUUGUCUAAUCACCACCACUUUGCCUUCAUCAAGUCUGUCCCUUGAAAUAUACAAAUAUCCCUCCCGAAAAUUCUCAUGGUAAUAACAAUCAAUUGUUUGCAUAUGUAAGCUAUAAUCUAAAUUAUUAAGUAAAAAAGACUCCUGCACAAAACCAGUGGACAGACAUUCUGAUUUGUGAUUUUUCAUCUGUGCUUCAAAGAUCUCUUUGUUUGUAUGUUCCUUUUUGCAUGUACAGAACUGCAAAUAUCCUGCAGUAAUAAAAGUUAUUCAUAAUUUG